GCUAAUUCUAUAUUCAUGGCUUCUUUUAUUUCAGAUUCUGUUGUUCCAUAUUUGAGCAAGCAGAAGCUACCAGUUUUAGAAAUUGAAGAUGGAAAAUUCAUAUUUUCUUCAAAUUCAGCAGCUAAAUAUUUGUUUUUAAAAGGAAAAAUACCAACUGAAGAAGCAUCAAUGGAUGAAAUUCUGAGCUGGGAAAGUGAAGUUCUGCUGCCUGUAAUUGCUCCAUUUCUGGUCUUUCUUGUUGGUCAAGCGAAGAGAGACAGCAAGCUUAUUGAAAAAGUGGAAAAAGCUCUACAAUUUGUAGACAAAAAACUGGGUGCUUCUAAAUUCCUGACAGGGGACACAUUUGGAGUUGCAGACGUGUGUGUUUUCUGCACCAUCUACCCACUUUUUAAUUUGAAAAAUUCAAGUUUGGCAGACAAGUUUACCAACCUGCGGAGAUUUUAUGAUGAGGUCAGUUCCAAAGCUGUUGUUCAAGGUGUGCUGUCAGAGGAGUGGAAAGAGAAUAACCAGCAGGAUGCUUUCAAGGCCUCAUUAUUGGCUCAACGUUUCCCCCCUAUACCUGGUGCGAGUGCUUCUGUCAGCCCAGCUGCAGCCAAGCCCAGUGCUUCUGUCAGCUUGUCUGUUUCAUCUGAGGACCAGGUUCCUGUGGAGAAAGUUUCGCAGGAAGAAGCAGAUGCUGCCCUGAAGGCUUGGGGGAAGGACCCAAAAGACUGCCCAAAGCCAAGAGUCCGGCAACAUCCAGUCCUACCAGAUCCAAAGGCCCGGAAUAUCAUGGUUACGAGUGCUCUCCCCUACGUCAACAAUGUUCCUCACCUUGGUAACAUUAUAGGCUGUGUGCUUAGCGCUGAUGUGUAUUCCAGGUUUGCCCGGCUGCGUAACUACAAUGUGCUGUAUGUCUGCGGGACGGAUGAGUACGGCACGGCCACCGAGACCAAGGCCAUGGAAGAGGGCGUGACUCCGAAGGAGAUCUGCGACAAGUACAACAAGCUGCACACACAGAUCUACGAAUGGUUCAACAUCGACUUUGAUUAUUUCGGCCGCACCACCACCGAGCUUCAAACAGAAAUUGCUCAAGACAUCUUUUGGAAGCUGUAUCAAGAAGGCUAUAUUCUCAAAGACAGUAUAGAACAGCUAUACUGCACCAAGUGUAACAAAUUCCUUGCAGACAGAUUUGUGGAGGGCACAUGCCCGAUGUGUGGAUUUGAUGAUGCCAGAGGAGACCAGUGUGAUGGCUGCGGUAAACUCAUCAACGCGGUGGAGUUAAUCAACCCCAAGUGCAAGAUGUGCAAGAGCUCUCCUGUGGUGAAGAGCACGCAACAUUUGUUUGUUGAUCUGCCCAAGUUAGAGCCCAAGCUCAAGGAUCACCUGAACCGCGUCUACGAGUCGGGCACCUGGACAAAUAACGCGAGGGUCAUCACGAACUCGUGGAUCCGUGACGGUCUCAAACCUCGCUGCAUCAGCCGCGACCUCAAGUGGGGAACUCCCAUCCCGCUAGAGGGCUACACGGACAAAGUGUUCUACGUGUGGUUCGACGCCCCCAUUGGCUACAUCAGCAUCACGGCCAACUACACGGACAAGUGGAGAGAGUGGUGGAAGAAUGAUGAGAAGGUUGAGAUGUACAACUUCCUUGGCAAAGACAAUGUGCCUUUCCACAGUGUGAUUUUCCCCUCGUGUUUGCUUGGAGCCAAUGACAAGUAUACUGUUGUCAACCACAUGAUUGCCACAGAGUACCUCAACUACGAGGACACAAAGUUCUCCAAGUCCCGAGGCUCUGGUGUGUUUGGUGACCAGGCUAGAGACACAGGCAUCCCAGCCGAUGUGUACCGGUUUUAUCUGCUCUAUCUCAGACCCGAGUCUCAGGACACAGCUUUCAGCUGGGAUGAUUUCCUAUUGAAAAACAACAGCGAGUUGCUGAACAACCUUGGAAAUUUUAUCAACAGGGCCCUGAUGUUCCUGAACAACAACUUUGCUGGCAAAGUACAGGAGAUGCAGGUGAACGAGGAAGACACACAGCUCCUGGCCCUCAUCUCACGGGAGAUACAAGGAUACGUCGGAAAUCUGGAGGCCUGCAGGUUGAGAGAUGGUAUUCGGAACAUUCUAACGAUCUCACGGCUGGGUAACCAGUACAUGCAGAACAACAAGCCAUGGGUUUUGGCGAAGGGAAACGCAGAGGAAAAGCUUCGAGCAGGCUGCGUGGUGAGCCUUUGUGCCAACGUGUCCUGCCUCCUGUCAGUGUUGCUACAGCCGUACAUGCCCAGCAUCAGCGCCACCAUACAGGGUCAGCUGCAGGCGCCCUCUACAGUCAAUGUCAUCACGGGCGAGUUUGUGGCCAUGCUCAAGCCUGGACAUCAAAUUGGAAAGCCUAGUCCACUCUUCCAGAAGAUUGAGGCCUCCACAAUGGCAGAUCUGAAGGCUCGAUUUGAAGGAAAGCCGGCAGAGAAGCCUGCACCCAAGAAAGGAGGAGGAGCACCAGCUGUUGCUGUGACAAAGGCAAGCCCAGAGGAGGUGGAGAGGCUGACCAAAGCUGUAUCUGAUCAGGGCAACAAAGUGAGAGAGCUGAAGACAGCAAAGGCGGAGAAGAGCAUUGUGGACGCAGAGGUCGCGACCCUCCUGAAGCUCAAGCAAGAGCUGGCAGCAGCUCAGGGCGUUGACCCUAAUGCAGCAGCUGGGGGCAAGAAAAAAGGAGGGAAGAGUGGAGGUGGUGGAGGAGGAGGAGGGAAGAGUGGAGGUGGUGGAGGAGGAGGCGGGAAAAAGGAGAAGGCGGGAGGAGGUGGUAGUGGUGCGGCUCCUGCUGUCGCUUCUCCAGCUGUGAAUGGCGGCGCUGGGGAUUCUCCCUCAUCUCCUGAAGUAGCACGGUUGACCCAAGCGGUUGCUGAUCAGGGAAACAAAGUGAGAGACCUGAAAGCGGCCAAGGCUGAAAAGUCGGCCAUAGACACAGAAGUGGCCUCCCUUCUCCAGCUGAAGCGAGAGUUGGCAGUAGCGCAAGGUCAGGACCCUGAUGCAGCUGUCGGGGGAGGAAGUAGCAAGAAGAAAGGAAAGAAAAAGUGAAUAACAAGUUCAAGAUGAUUGUGUGUGCGGAGCCAUAGCAUGACCAGCUAUAUACCAAAAUUGAGAGAAGAAAAGAAAAUGAACUUUGUACUUUCCCACUUUCUGACUCGGAAGGGCGCCUGAUGAAUUAAUUUACUUUUUGGCACUAAACUUGCCUCGAAGCUUUCUGACAACAAUGCGAACUGUUGUUUGCCUAUGUGUGCACUGUUUGCUAGAAUUGUACUUCUUCAAUUUUGGAUAUAGUGUGUUUUUGCAUGGAACCCUUUGUAUGGAGCCAGUGUUUAUAUAUGUGACACAUGAUUGUUAUUAUUUCUGAGGACACUUUGUCACUGUACCAUUUCUCUUGAGAGAUACAUACUGAAUUGUUAUCAUGUGUACUCGUGUUUGGGGUGGUUGAAUGGACUGUUAUGUCUGAGCUACUACCAGAGUAUUUGGUAGGCCACUUUUGAAGAACAGAGCACCGAAGUUCAGUUAUUAUUUUUGAUAGCUCAUGGUCAUGAAACUAAAAUGUCAGUUCAAUAUGAUGUCACUGAGACUCCGUCAGCUCUUCAAUACUGUUAAGUAGCAUGGUCAGAGUCAGAAGAAGCGUAUACACAGGCAUGUUGGGGAUAUGUCCAUCUGCUUUAGGAAGAUGAUUACUCUCUGUGCAGACAUUUUUUUUUUUUUUUACUUUAGACACUGUAGACAAAUGUGAAUGGUUGCAAUUCAAUUUUAGUGAGAAACACUUUUAGUGCAUUUUUGUGCCUUUCUGCAAUUGUUUGUAUCUGAUGCUGAGCUUUUGGAUUCCACAAAAGCUGCCAUAAAUCCCACAUGGAUGUGGGGCAGAUUGACAUACACCUCUCAUAAAGAGUGGUUGGGUUGUGCUCACAUCGUAAAGCCAAAUGAUUGUCAGAGGACGGUUCAUUCCAUUUUGGUCUUCAACUAUCUGCUCUUCUCAUGACUUUUUCCAGUCAUCGUUGAGGUAAAGGCAGCCACAUUUGUUUUACCCAUGAGUUUCCAUUCUGUCCAUUGUGGUAAAGGAUAAUAACCUAAUAAUCAGAUAGAUUUGAUUCAUUACUGUGCACGGUUUUAGGUGUGUAUUUCAAGAACAGAUUUCAUGAAAAUAUGAAUUACAUCAGCCUUGGACAAAGCAACAUUAUUAUUGAUACGUGUGGUACAUUUUUUUUCUCCAGGAAAUAUUAAGGAUUAAAAAAUAUCUUUGGCAUCAUGUCAUUGAACAUGCAUCGCUUAAGCAAAGAAUAGUUUAGCUUGACCUCCAAAAGUAGUGAGGUUCUGGGUACAGUUCUCUUAACUCCAAUGAGUAGUGUAAGCGUGUCUCUUGUUUUCUUUAUCUUUUCACGGUUUGUUGUUCAGCUUAAGUGAUUAAUGAGAACAAUUGUGCAACUUUUAACUGUCUAUAAACAGAAAAGUAGAUUUGAUAGUAGGGUAUGUUAAAGUUAUAAAUGAAGUUUGUAUUUGGUUGAGUUUAUGUGUGAGAGGUGGAAACAGUCCAUGAGAUUUUUUUACCUGAUGGAGAGUUUUUGUAGCUCAUCAUCACUAAAUAUAUGUCAUGUCACAGCAGUCAUCGUACAAUUAGUAAUGCGGUGUGAUAUUUAUUAAUUAACACAGCCAUUUUGCAAGGGUGUUGUUUUAUUGAUUUUAAAUGUCACUGAUGUUAUUUUGUAAUUAGGAGCCUUAUUCAGAAGGGGCAUGGGAGAGGGUUAUUGCACGAUUUCUCCUGGAGAGAUACUGUAAUUGGUAGGUGUUUUUUGUGUGUCUUUCUUUUGCAUAAUACACUGUUAUGCCUUGUUCCUCCUGGGUUGUUUGGUUGUUGUUUUAAUUCCCCGUCUCCUGUAGAUGAGAGAAGAGUCACUUUUAACACAUAUUUAUGAUUAAUUUUUCUUGCAACUUAGCUCACGGGUUCUGAGUUUUAAUUCCUUAUUAAAGUUCUUUUGUUAGUCUGUUACAUAAUGUUGCUGACAGUGUAAGAUGUUCCUAAAGUUAUUGCGACAAGACAUUUGUGAGUAGUAAAUGCUGGUGCUGUGGUACUUAAAAUUAAUGUAUAUUUAAGGUACUCAUUGCUCAAUUAUAGAACAUGCGUUUUGUCGUUUUGAUAGUCAAAGAGAACAUGACAGAUAAAUUGUAUGAAAAUGUUUGUUGAUAAAAUGACUAAACUUAAAGUAUAUAUUAUAAACUCGAAUCUAACAAUCUUCCUGGACUGGUUUUUCCUUUUAGUCAGAUGUCAGUGGUGCUUCAUAGUAGGGAGCUUAGCUUAGCCUGAUAUUUAUUUUAGAUGGUAAUUAAUAAACUUGAGAGUGGGUGUUUGACAGUAGCUGAGUCGUGUUAUGUGGGUAUGUGCAAGUGCAGUACGGUAUUUAUUUUUUCAAGUGAUUAUUGUCUCACUUCAUGAACAUGGUGCCACCUUCUAGUUUUUGCUUUCUUAUACCAUGUCAUUUCUUCUAUUGCUUUGGCAUGAUGGCUGAAGAAAUAAAACAACACUGAUAGUA